AGGGGAUGCAAUUUGCCACGAAUAUGUGUAUAUGCUCAUUUGCGCCUUCGCUACGUUGACUUCGACACCCACACAUUCAUUACUGUCUUCUACCGGUACUUUCUUUGCAGUCAUUCUUUUUGCUUGCCGCCUCAGUAUCGGCGGGCGUGCAUUAUUCCAUUCUUUCGGCUGUGCCCAUAGUUCAAUUCGUACACACGUUCCACGGUGACCAUGAAGCUUUUCCAUGCGCUUGGAGCUCUGACAGCCGCUCUCUCUUUCCAGGGCGUAAACGCAGAUACCCCCUUCCGCGUCACAUGCUCCCCCUUCAAGCGUGAGCGUAUCGACAAUCUGGUGUCCCCGGGUCAAGAAGCUACGCACAUGCACACGUUCUGGGGAAGCCGCGCCAUCACAGCCGACCCUAUUACCGUGGAUGAGCUUCGAGACUCGUGUCACACAUGCAGCAAUACAUUUGAUCAUUCGGCUUACUGGAUGCCGACCCUCUAUUACGUCAAGAAGAAUGCAACGCUGCCGGUCAAAGUUGCCAUCUUCCACGUCUACUACCAUGGGCAGAACGAAGACCGCGAGCCUUUCCCCGAGGACUUUGCCAUUUUGUCGGGAAACUCCAGCUUGACCGAAGAGCAAGCAAAGGAGCAAGGCGGCAUUGGCACGAGCUGGUUUUUCGAUGAUUCCGAUGAAGAAAAAGAAGCCUGGCAGUUGCCAACGAAGAAGGGUGGCGGUUGGCUUCGAGGCAAUGUGCCUUUUCCAACCAGUGUCGUCAAGGAUGAGACCCUUGGUCGGUACCGGGAGUGCACAUCCAAGGAUGAAGCGGGCUGCUUUAACGUGAUCCGCAUGUUCUUUGCCGUGUGGUACGACUUGAGGGACGACUACUUCAGCUUCGAAGACGGCGAUUACCUGACUCUGUCCUCAGGUGGAGGCCAGACUUACCACGGCGAUUUCAUCUACGGAUGGGAUCGUGAGGCGGCCUAUGACCUUGUGCGGAAAACGGAAGGAGCAUCAACCUCGAACAACCAAUCCACACAGUGCCAGGCCUUGAAUGAGCAGGAUCCAUUCUUGCAGCGCGCAGACUGGGACGCAAUGCUCGAGGCCAAGGCUGGCAAUGUUUCCAUCGAGACGGGCACUUAUGGACGAGGUCUCACGAUUACUGACGGCACGAGCGUCAACUCGACAUGGACCGGAAAGUGGGGUGAAGAAGGAGAGACUGUGGCUCAGCCCGGAAACGCAACAGUUUCACAGUCCAUUGCUUCGACUGCCACUUCAUCUCAGCUCGCCGUAUCCUUGUCUGCGACCAGCACGCUGAAAGCAGAGAUUGAAGACGUCACAUCAACGGUUAUCCACAGCAGCAGUGUCCCAGUCUCGAUUUUCAGCACGACCACCAAGACCUCAGCGCCUAUCAGCACCCAGGAAUCCUACACCAUGUUGCAGACACCAUCUUUCAGCAUUUCGGCAACGCGCAUCGGCUACGCCGCGGCAUCGGCAAGCAGCAUUGGAUCUUCAGUUGGACGCACUCCGACCGCGCCGGCGGGCUGCGCUGCCAACUACGCGCGGAAAGGCCACUCGAGGAAGAACAUCCGUCGUGCGCACUAAGCCGUGCCGUAGAGCGCUCUAGGUUCUGUUCGCUGUCUAUAUUCUUCUUUCCUGCUGGGAUCUGUAAGGGUUGGAUAUGGAUCUCUUCAAGUUCGCGGCAUCUUCGGCUUCGGUUCAGGUUCGCAGCGUAAAGAGUUCAUCUUCGAAGAACAUGAUUGUUACGCCAUAGCUGUUUGCCGCGCUCAUACGCUGAUCUUGUUCAUCUACUAGCUUUGCAU